AUGGCGCCAGUGCUGGGAAGCAUAACGGUCUCCGUUUUUUUUGGAACCGACGCGGCAUUCCGAGACGCGGUCGCUGAAUGGGUUUCCGCGCAUAGCUGGACGGGCACACAUGAGUAUUUCUCCUCGCUCUGCUGCGGCAGGUCGCGGAGACGGGGGCUUACCGCUGAGGGGGCGCAUCACAUUUGCAUGCCGGACACCGCGUCAUCAUCGUUCUCGUCGCCCAUGAGCAACAGGAAGAGCCCUGGCUUCACCAAUGAAGAUGAUAAUGACGAUGUGAGGAGUGGUGACGGCGUAAGUCUUUCUUCUCCACACCGCCUUGCGCUCUGCUAG